GGAUAGGGAAUAGGAGAAAAAUGGAAGAGCAAAAGCAAAAGAUGAAGAUAUUAUGCCUCCAUGGGUUUAGAACCAGUGGGAAGUUCCUCCAGAAGCAAAUCAGCAAGUGGGAUCCCACUCUUCUCCUUCAUCACUUUCACAUGGAUUAUCCAGACGGAUUAUUUGCCGCUGGAGGCAAAUCUGACAUAGAAGGCAUAUUCCCUCCUCCAUACUUUGAGUGGUUCCAGUUCAACAAGGAUUUCACAGAGUACACAAACCUUGAGGAAUGCAUCUCUCACUUGUGUCAAUAUAUCACCAACAAUGGUCCUUUUGAUGGACUGCUUGGCUUCUCACAAGGUGCAACCCUUUGUGCUCUGUUGUUAGGCUACCAAGCACAGGGGAAGCUGUUAAAGGAGCAUCCACCCUUCAAAAUAUUGGUUUCAAUAUCAGGAUCAAAAUUUAGAGAUCCAAGCAUAUGCGAGGUGGCCUACAAAGACACAAUCAAGGUCAAAUCAGUCCACUUCAUAGGAGCUAAGGACUGGUUAAGGUUGCCUUCGGAGGAGCUGGCUACGGCCUUCGAUGAUCCUCUCAUCAUCAGGCACCCCCAAGGCCACACUGUCCCAAGACUGGAUGAGGAAUCCACUGAGCAAUUUCGCAAUUGGAUUGCAAAUAUUCUCUUUCAAAGCAAUGGUAGCAUCUCCAAUAAGGAACAUGAAGUGAAAAAUAUUGGAGAAACAAUGAAGGGUGACGAUGAAAAUCAGGAAACACCAAAAGAGUUCCAAAAUAAGAUCAUCAACAACCAAAUGGAUGCCUCGGAAUUUGCAAAACAUGAGAAGGAACUGGAGGUUCGAGAGGAAAUACGAGCCUAACACAAAUACGGGUCAGGUCGAAUCAGCUUGUCAGAGGGAAACUUUGGCAAAAAUAUGUUUGUUUAGGAGUAAAUUUGGAAAAUAAAUAUCGUUGACGCAUUACGUAACCCCCCAC